AUGCCCCUCUCGUCGGUGCUCUUCUGUAUAUUGGCUUUGCUACUGCUACAAGAGGGCUUUCUAGAGGCUCCCAUCGAAAGCCUAACAGUAGUGGAGGGUCAGGAUCUGGACUUGCAUUGUGUGGUGGGUGGAGACAACUCAUCUGUUCUGCAGUGGUCCAACCCUCGCUGGUUUGUGAUUUUUCUCGACCGCGUACAAGGUUUAAAGGAUAAGAGGUAUAAGCUUAUUAAUUCUUCAACGGAUCACUUGUCAAUUCGCAUUUCCAACAUAACAACAGAUGAUGAAGGACUGUACACCUGUGACCAUUAUGGUGCGACAGUCACAACCAAGGUGGUGAAUGUCACCGUUUUAGUUGCUCCUUCUAAACCUCUGUUGGAAGAAUCAACAAUUAGAGUUCACAGCGGAGAAGAAAUUAUUAUCUUAAGGUGCUCUACCUGGAGGAGUAAGCCCUUUCCUCAGGUUACAUGGCUGCUGGACAAUGGGAUCGAGCUCUUUGGUGACACCCAACAUCAGUGUGAAGGCAACGGAAAGAAAUGCAACACAACCAGCACCCUGACAGUCCACACCUUCAACCAGAAGUCAACUCUGACUUGUGUUGUUCGGCACAAAGCUCUGGGAAGAGGAAAUUUAACCGCAACUGUCCACCUAGGCCAUAUCAAGUCUACUGCAGAUAUUGUUCCAACUACAUCUGAAUUUGGUACAACAACCUUGGAGAAUCCUUGGCAUUACACAGACAACAUAUUAAAUGUAACAGACGGAAAUUUCAGGACACAAAUGCCACACCUGAGCAGCAAAGCAGACACUCCAAACUCUACCAGCACCAAUGGUAUGUCAGAAUCAGACAACAUAUUAAAUGUAACAGAAGAAAACUUUGUGGCUCCAACCACAUCUGCAAGGAACGAAAUGACAACUCAGAAUCCGAAUUCCACCAGUGGAACAAACCUUACCCGUGAAGGAAUCUUGAAGGAGCCGAGCAAGCUGUUCCCAAUCCUUGUGGCCGCGCUACUUUCAGUUCUGUUUGUCGUAGUCCUGCUCUUCUUGGUGAAACUGUGGAAAGCACAUAGAGAAUGGAAGAGAGAAAACGAUUCUUCAGACCUGACGCUGGAGAGCUACAAAGCUAGGCCUAAUGAAGACAAUCAUGUGCAGGAGAAUAGGAAAGUGGUCGGUUGGAAAUCUAGUAAGAAGAGCGCUGCUGAAGGAUUGUGGCGGACCUCAUCAAAGAAUUCAGAAGAAUCCAAUGGAUCCGUCUUUGAGAAACAGUUGCCCUACAUAAAAGAGACAGAUCUAUAA